AUGAAGAAGAAGCGAGGACAACCCCCGGACCGACCAAAGCCGCAGCCGCAGCAUCCCCGCAUUCAGCGCCUACAUCCCUCCCCCCCUCCCCCCACUGCUGCCACGCCCAAAAGAAAGGCUGAAGGAGAUGCUAGAGGAGAUAAAGCCAAGGGGAAGGGCAAACCACCGAGAGGAUCCGCAAGGUUAUCUGCUAAACCUGCUCCUCCAAAGCCAGAGCCCAAGCCUAAAAAGACCCCUGCAAAGAAGGGAGAGAAGGUACCCAAAGGGAAAAAGGGAAAAGCUGAAGCUGGCAAGGAGGGAAAUAACCCUGCAGAAACCGGAGAUGCCAAAACAGACCAGGCACAGAAAGCCGAAGGUGCCAGAGAUGCCAAGUGAAGUGUGUGCAUUUUUGAUAACUGUGUACUUCUGGUGACUGUACAGUUUGAAAAACUAUUUUUUAUCAAGUUUUA